UAACAUUGAGGCAUGUUUACGAUGAAGAAGCUAGAAUAAAGCCAGAAGCCAGAAGCCUCUAGCCUUUAUCCAUACUCAACAGCAGAAAGUAUCAUCGCUGCCAUCUUUGCCCCAUUCUCUGGCUGAUUUGGCUAAUAUUUUUGAUGAAGGACGUUUGUAUCGUGCUGUGCUCUUGCUGUGGUGAAAUCAUGUUUAAGGGCUGUGUGCAUGAUGUUGAUGUCCGAGCAAGCAUGAUUUUUUCAUGCACCACAUUAUUGCAAUUAGUUAUGGCUAACAAUGUUGAUGAAGUCCAUGUAGAUGCCACUUUUAAGGUUGUGCCGUCAAACACGGGAAGUCAGUUUUUAAUUAUCCAUUGUAUGAUUGAAAAUUACUCUAUACCUAUAGUCUACUGUCUCAUGGAAUGUAAAACAAGAAAUACAUACAACUGCGUUUUUAACUUUUUAAAGACCCAUCAUCUGGCCAACCUCAAUCCAUCCAUCGUAAUAACGGAUUAUGAAACGGUCCUAAGAGAUACUCUCAAGUUUAUAUUUCCGGCUGCACGAAUCACAGGUGUUGGUUUCGCCACAACUAACUAUUGGCUCAGACAAGUUGGAUUAAACAUUAUUUCAAUCAAUGGAUUACCAAGACAAAAUAACAAUAGUCUCGAAAGUUUUCAUAAUACUUUGCGGAACAUAUUUAAUGUAGCUCACCCUAACUUAUGGAUAUUUUUAGGUAAUCAUAUUUAUUUAAUUUUUAACUUAUUUACUUAGCACCAACUACUACCAACCACAAUGGAUUAUAUUACUAUA